AUGACCACACGGCUCAUUGUCAAAAACUUGCCCAGCACCUGCACGGAGCAACAGCUUCGAAAGUUUUUCGAAAAAUAUGGUCAGAUUUCCGAUGCCUCGUUGAAGUACACAAAAGAAGGAAAAUUUCGCGGUUUUGCAUUUGUUGGAUUUCUAGAUGAAAGUUCUGCUUCAAAUGCAAUGGCUAAGUCCAAUCAGACGUUUUUCAACUCGAAGAGAUUAACGGUAGAAGAGUGCCGUCCGUUUGGAGAUGCAAACAAGCCAAGAGCUUGGAGCAAGUACGCGAAAGAUUCUAGUGCAUAUAAGCGGGCUCAUGGAGAGGAAGGAACUUCAGAGCCCCGGCAGUCACAUGGUACCGGAGAGCCUGAAGCGAAAAAACAGAAAAAUGACGAGAAGUUUGAUCAAUUCAUGGAAGCGAAAGGUGUAACUGUUGAAAAAGAAGUCAAAUUGAGCAAAGACAAGUCCGCAGAAGCAAAAAAACUGAUGAAGGAACUUAUGGAAGGUGUUGAAGGUGAUACUUCACUCUCUUUAAUUUUCUCCGGACUGCCGAGCUCCGCAAAAGGUAAAAAUAUCAAGGAAUGGCUCAAUCCAAUUCGUGUGAAAGCUAUGAAAAUCGCCCGGAAUGACGAUGUUGCUGCAGCAUUUGUUUCUUUCAACAGACCACCAGAUGUCCGAAGAGCUCUUCAAAAGGACGGACAGUUUUUAGGAGGAUUUAAAAUUGCAAUCGAAAAAAUCGAGACAGCCGAACCAGAAAAAGAACAUGUCGAAGAGCACGGAGCUUCGUUGGAGAGCCGAGACAAAGAGGAAGAGUCGGUUCGUGAAAAGAUCCUCGAGACAGGCCGACUGUUUCUACGUAAUUUGCCAUACGCUACAAAAGAAGACGACCUUCAGUUUCUUUUCAAAAAGUAUGGAGAGGUUUCGGAAGUUCAGGUCAUUAUCGAUAAGAAGACUGGUAGCUGUAAAGGUUUUGCAAUCGUUGAAUUCGUUUUCCCCGAGGCGGCAGUCGCUGCUUAUUCGGCUCUUGACGGAUACGUUUUCAAAGGACGUAUGAUGCAUAUUCUUCCUGGAGACGAAAAGCGUGAUACGCCUGCUGAAGAUCAAGAAACUGUGGAAACUGCUCCAGACGAUCCAGACAAUCCAACGAAAGCCGCUGUCAAGAAAGAGAAGAAAAAGAAGACGUUCAAGGAUGAAAAGGAAGAAGAGAAGAAGGCUUCUGCUGGCAAAACAGCUCACUCAUGGAAUGCUUUGUUUUUGGGCGCUAACGCGAUUGCAGAUACAUUGGCACAACGUUUGAAUGUUAAAAAAUCGGAUUUGCUGACAAGUGACCAAGGUGAGUCAGCUGGAGUUCGUCUAGCUCUUGCCGAAACACGUCUUGUUCGCGAAACUCGUGAUUUCUUCCUGGAAAACGGUGUGAAGUUAGACGCAUUCUCAAAGCCUGCUGAAAAACGAAGUGAUACUGUCAUGUUGGCGAAGAACUUGCCAGCUGGUGUAGAAACUGAAGAGCUUCAAAGAAUGUUUGAAAAAUUCGGUGAUUGUCAGAAAGUAUUGAUGCCUUCUGAAGGCGGUGUCAGUGCUCUCGUCAUUAUGGGAAACCCUGUUGAUGCUAAAAAGGCUUUCCGAGCGUUAGCCUAUUCCCGAUUCAGAAGUCAGCCAUUGUAUCUUGAAUGGGCUCCAUAUGACGUGAUGGGAGCCACUGAACAACCAAAAGAAGAAGAACAGGAAAAAUCAGAAGAUUAUACAAAACCAAAAAAGUCUAAGAGAGAAAUGACUUAUGAGGAGAAGAAAAAGGAGAGGAAAAACAGGCAGCAAGGAAUAACAGAAACAGAGGAAGAUAAGAAGUUAGACGAAGAUGAAGUGGAAGAAACAAAAGAGUCGGAGCCCGUCGAAAAGAAGAAGAAGAAAGAAAAGAAACAGCCAGAAAGAGAAAUCGAGUCUGGCAGUGCCAUUUUCGUUAAAAAUCUUGCUUUCGACACUACAGACGAUGGUUUAGGAUCUCUUUUCCGGAAACGUUAUGGUGAUUUGGUCAAGAAUGCUCAAAUCUCCAAGAAACUCAAUCCAGCCGAACCUACGAAACCUCUUUCAAUGGGAUUCGGAUUCGUACAGUUCUACACUGCUCUCGAUGCGAAAAACGCAUUGAAAGAGAUGCAAGGUGAACUUCUCGAUGGUCACUCUUUGGAAUUGAAGAUUUCUCACAGAGAGAACGUGGAUAAAGGAGCUCUCAAACGAAAAGAUGUCAAGCAGAAAGAGCAAGGAGAAUGCACAAAACUUCUUGUUAGAAAUUUGCCAUUCGAAGCUUCUAUCAAAGAAGUGGAGACUCUUUUCGAGACGUUUGGAGCUGCCAAAAGUAUCAGAAUUCCACGAAAACCAGGACAAAAGCUACAGCAUCGUGGAUUUGGUUUCGUCGAAUUCAUCUCAACUGACGAAGCUUUCCGUGCAUUCGAUUCUCUUGUUCACUCAACCCAUUUAUACGGACGACGUCUCGUUUUGGAAUGGGCGAAAGAGGAUGAAACCGUUGAGGAAUUGCGAGAGAAAACUGCUGAAAAGUUUUCUGGAAACAAGAAAGGAUCUAAAAAAUCGAAGGCUCAAACCGAAGAAUUCCAGCAACAACUGCAAAUUGCCGAUGAUGAAAAGGAUUAA